AUGAAAUUGCAAAAAAUACUUUAAUCUCAUAACAAAAACAAAAAGGUAUGUGUAGUUCUUUAAAAUUUAGGAAUAAUAAAAUCAAAUCCUUGGUUUGAAUCUAUCAUUUUCUAAAAAUAACUUAUGGCGAAAUGUUGAAUUUAGAAGUUCCACUUUUAUCAAAGUUAAUAUGUAGAAAAUAUUUUUAUCGAGGGUAAAUGUAACAUACUUAAUCAGCUACUAAUUGAGGAGAUGGAGAAGUAGAGAAUACUUUAGAGAGAAAAAUGUAUAAUAUAAUUGAUAUUAAGUGCAUAAUCAGAAUUAUUAAGAGUUUACAAUAACAAAAGAAGGUAACGACUGGUAUUAUUAAUGUGUCGAACUAAUAGGGAGUAAACUUGAAAUAAUAUACUUAGAUUUAAUCAAAUAUAUGAGAACUAUAAUAUUUGAAUGAUAGAUAAAGGUGAUAAUCUAAUGUAUAAGACCACUUUCAGCAUCUGCAAUGAUGUGAAACACUUUGCUAGCAAAUAUAUUUUGGAAACUAAUUGAAAUAAUUUAUCUAAAAUUAAUCCUAAUUUCUAGGCAUAAUAAUAAUCAAAGAAGUUGGAACUUAUACUAACAAAAAGUGAAACCUAUGUUGAAUUUAGUUCUAAGAAACUUCAGACUAUAGCUGGAGCUUUACAUAUAAUCAACAAGUUGCUGAGAAAAGAGAGCAGAAUU